AUGCCUCCCCGCGCCAAACGUCCUGCCGCUGCCGUGGUCGAUUUGACGCGUGAGGAUCAAGAAAAUGCUCAUCGUCCUACCAAAAUCAACAGAAAGGAUCGAGUGAAUAACAGCACUCCACUGGGAAACGUGACUAAUGGUCAGCGCUUUGGAGAAGAGACUGACUAUAUCUCGCUCAGUCAGCUGGAUGAUGAUGACUUCAACAGUAUUGUUCCAUCGACUCAAUCUAAUGAGGAGGUGGAUAUGAACUCGUAUCAACUCUAUGGCUGUAUUAAUACAAAAAUUGUGGGAAUAAGAUUCUACAAGGGUUACGCUUCAUUGGGUGAGCGUGUCAUUCUUCAAAGAGAGCCUUAUAACCAAUAUGAUCAAAAUGCUAUCAAAGUCCUGAAUGUCAUGGGCACACAGAUAGGCCACAUACCUCGGACUGUGGCCUCCGGCUUGGCGAAAUACAUGGAUUCCAAAGAUUUAGUCAUUGAGGGAAUGCUUACUGGCAAUAUUGGUACUUAUGAUUGUCCCAUCGCGCUCAACCUGUUUGGUCCUGCGGAUCCUAUUAAAAAGAAUCAGGUGAGAACUCAAAUGCGAGCGGACCGACUCCCGCUCGUCGAGUUAAUCCGAACCGAGCAAGACAAAGCAAGAAAAGAAUGGCAACGACAGAGAGCACUAAAGGAAGCAGAAAAACAACGGCUUGCUGCUAUGAGCAACAACUGGGGUAGGGGCGGGUAUCCCACUCUUCAAAGGCCCCGACAGCCGGUGGAGUCUACAAGCCUGGAAGACCUUGUUCAACAAAGCAGCUCCAUCAAUGCUCAUAGAAUGGGCCAAACCGUUGAGAGGUUCGGCAAUACGGAAGCUGAUUUGGAGAAUAUGCCAAUGGCUGAGACACCAUUUGCCAUGAAGACGCAACUGCUAUCGUACCAGCGACAAGGCUUGGCUUGGAUGCUUGAUAAGGAAUCUCCUAAACUGCCAGAUGCAGGCUCUAACAAAGACGUGCAGCUCUGGAAAAAUGAGCACGGGAGAUACAAACAUAUUGCUACCAACUAUGCUACCAGCACACCUCCCCCUCUUGCAAGUGGUGGUAUUCUUGCAGAUGACAUGGGUCUUGGAAAGACGAUCCAAACCAUUUCCCUAAUAAUGGCUAAUUCGAACGCCGACGGAAAUGGGAUUACUGCGCCGACUCUUAUCAUCAGUCCGGUCGGUGUGAUGAGUAAUUGGAAACAACAAAUCGAAGCGCACGUGAAAGAGGAAUUCCUGCCCAAAAUUCUAGUUUAUCAUGGCCCGGGGAAAAAGGAGGUUUCUAAAUUGAAGGAUUACGGUGUUGUCAUUACAAGUUACGGAGCGAUUGCCACUGAAUAUGACCCUGAUAAAAAGACAGCCAAAUCCACUCGCAGUGGUCUCUACUCUUUGCAGUGGCAUCGUAUCGUCCUCGAUGAAGGACAUACUCUCCGAAACCCACGAUCAAAGGGUGCCCUUGCAGCCUGUCAUCUGAACGCCGACUCUCGGUGGUCAUUGACGGGGACUCCAAUCAUCAACUCUCUCAAAGAUCUCUACUCACAGAUCCGAUUCCUUCGACUUUCUGGCGGACUGGAAGAUUUGGCUAUGUUCAACAGCGUCCUUAUUCGUCCAUUAAAAGAUGGAGAUCCUAUGGGUGCCGCUAUUCUGCAGGCUUUGAUGGGGGCAAUCUGUCUAAGACGUCGUAAGGACAUGGCCUUUGUCAACUUGCGUCUUCCGGAUAUGAAGAUGCACGUCUUACGGGUCAAGUUUGAAGAGCACGAGCUCAAGAAAUAUGAGAUGUUCCAGGCUGAGGCGAGAGGAAUGCUUGACAAGUAUAAACACCAGGUUGGAGGAGCUAACGGAGGCACCACAUAUUCACAUGUUCUCGAAAUCUUCCUGCGACUGCGUCAGGUUUGCAACCACUGGUGUCUCUGUAAGAACCGUGUUGACAAAUUAAUGGCCCUACUUGGCGAGAGUGAGAAGAAAGUCGUUGAGUUGACGCCGGAGAACAUCAGAGCUCUUCAAGACGUCUUGCAACUGCAAAUCGAAAGUCAAGAGACUUGUGCAGUUUGCCUUGAUAAUCUAUCCCAACCCGUCAUCACGGCAUGUGCUCAUGCUUUUGACAGAUCAUGUAUUGAACAAGUUAUUGAGAGACAGCACAAAUGCCCUCUAUGCCGCGCUGAACUCAAGGAUACCGGAGCCCUCGUCUCACCGGCAACGGAGUUGGGCGAGGAUGCAGGUGUAGAUGAAGCAGAAACAGAUGCCAGUGCACCCAGCAGCAAGAUCAAAGCUCUGAUCCAGAUCCUGACUGCAAAAGGCCAAGUGGAACAAACCAAGACAGUGGUAUUCAGCCAAUGGACUUCUUUCCUUGACAUCAUCGAGCCUCACCUUACAGCCAACGAUAUAUGCUUCACUCGCAUUGACGGAAAAUUGAGCUCCAAUAAACGAGACCAAGCCAUCUCUGAAUUCACCAACGACCCCAAAUGCACCGUUCUUCUGGCUAGUUUGAACGUGUGCAGCGUCGGACUAAAUCUCGUCGCAGCAAACCAGGUCGUCCUGUGCGACAGUUGGUGGGCACCCGCUAUCGAAGACCAGGCUAUUGAUCGAGUCUAUCGUCUUGGUCAAAAACGUGAGACUACAGUUUGGCGUUUGGUCAUGGAGGGCUCUGUUGAGGAUAGAGUGCUUGAUAUUCAGGCCGCGAAACGUGAACUUUCGUCCACUGCGUUGAGUGAAAAGACGGAUAAGAAGAAAGGGGAGAGCACGAGUUCGAGAUUGGCGGAUUUGGAGAAGUUGCUUCGGAGGGUUGAUGAGCCCUCGACUCAACAAUAA